AUGUCAGAAUCACGCCUUUUCCAGCCCAUGAAAAUCGGCAACAUCAAAGUCCAACAUCGCAUUGGCAUGGCCCCUCUUACACGCCUUCGAGCAAGCAUUGACCGAGUUCCUAAUGCGCUUAUGAAGGAGUACUACGGCCAACGCGCUUCUGUACCUGGAACUCUCAUCAUCACAGAGGGAACGCUUGUUUCUCCUGCUGCUGGUGGAGGUUUCGCCAGAACGCCUGGAAUCUGGAACCAAGAGCAAGUCAGGGCCUGGAAAGAGGUCACUGAUGAAGUGCACCGCAAGGGCAGUUUCAUUUUUGUGCAACUGUUUGCAAUGGGUCGUGCUGCAACUGUAGAAGUUGCGAAAGAUGAAGGAAUCGACAUUAUCGGACCGAGUGCAAUCCCGAUUGAAGGCAGUCCUGCUCUGCCCCGAGCAAUGACCCUGGAAGAUAUCCAUGAAAUGAUUCAGGCAUUCGUCACUGCAUCAGAGAAUGCGGUCAAAGCCGGCUUCGAUGGUGUUGAGAUCCAUGGUGCCAAUGGGUACCUGCUCGACCAAUUUCUUCAAGACGUCAGCAACCAGCGCCAUGACGAGUACGGCGGCAGCAUUGAAAACAGAUCCCGUCUCAUCACUGAGAUCUUGGAACGCGCUGUCCAAGCUAUCGGCCCAGAGCGCGUUGGCAUUCGACUCAGCCCAUGGAGCACCUUCCAGAGCAUGCGCAUGAAAGACCCAAUCCCUCAGUUUACAGACAUAAUCAACAAAGCGAGCCGUCUGAACUUGGCCUAUCUCCACCUCAUCGAGUCUCGCAUCUCAGGAAGCCAAGACUGUGAAAACAAUUCCAAUGAGAAACUUGACUUUGCCUAUGAUCUUUGGAAGGGACCUUUCCUCGUUGCCGGCGGGUAUAAACUGAAAGAAGCGGAAAGGCUCGUUGACGAAGAACAUCCCGACAAGGAGAUCAUGGUCAUGUUUGGAAGAAACUUCCUAGCGAAUCCGGACUUGGUGUAUAGAAUCAAGGAGGGUUUGGAACUCAACCCACAUGAAAGGAAGACAUUCUAUACCAGCGAUGUCGAGGGCUAUGUGGAUUAUCCAUUUGCCGUUAGAAAGGAUGCAGCGGUUUCGAACUGA